CCCAGAUUGUUGGGGGCAAUGUAAAUAUAUAUAUAUAUACAUUGCUUACUGGUGUACACCGCUUAGUGAGUGCUUGCACUUAAAGCGGUAUAUAAGUCUCAUAAAUAAAUAAAUAGAAUAAUUAAAGAGUCAAAUCUCCUCCAGCUUAAUCCAGACAAGAUAGAGGUUGGAUGAAUUGAGGAAUCCUGAUCCAAAAAAAAGGUGCAUCAUCCCAGUGUGGACAGGAAAAUGAGCCCUGGUGCCCUAGUGGUUAGAAUGCAGCAUUGCUGGCUGGCUCUGCCCAUUGCCAGGAGUUUGAUUUUGACCAACUCGAGGUUGACUCAGCCUUCUAUCCUUCUGAAGUUGGUAAAAUGAGGACCCAGAUUGUUUGGGGAAUACGCUGACUCUGUAAACUGCUUAGAGAGGGUUGUGAAUAAGUCUAAGUGCUAUUGCUAUUGAUAGAGGUCCAUCCGGAUCAACUUUGAGCAUGUGUAUUAUAACCAUUUCACCUGUGGGAAAUGGAUUCCUUUGUACCAGUAUUGGAAGAAAUUGGAGCUGGUCUUGGAAACCCCUUGUCAAAUCACAAAUCAUAAUCUGGCUCCAAAACGUUCUGUAAUUUUCAGGAAUUGGAAAUUGACCCAGUAACUCCAAUUUGUAAUUUAGAAGAACCCUGCAGCUGUUGUAAACACAGGCCAACUGCCAAGCACCCGAAGUUAUAAGUGUGAGAACUGAUCAUCGGUCAGUUUUUUUUCAGUGCUGUUGUAAAUGUGAAUGGUCAUUAAACGAAUGGUUAUAAAUCAAGGCCUACCUGUAAUCCUCCCCUUGAAACUACUCUAACCCCAUGGGGCUGCCUGGGGGCGAAGCGAGAGUUUCGGCCUUGCGACGGUCUCUCUUUCAGAUGAAGCUAGAGCUGCACUUCCCAGAGUGGGCUGCCUGAACCCCGGGAGAGGCACAAGACGAUCCAUGGUCAUGUUGGAAGGAAAUAUUAGAAUAUUGACUUAGAUUUAUCUAAUCCUUUAAAACUCAUCUUUAAUUUCUAUUUUAGGGUUGUAAUAUACCUAAUAUGUCAAUACAGUACUACGUUUAUAUGAUUAAUUGGUAGCAUGUAUUAGGGGUGCAUGCUUAAAAUAAUUUUAUUGAUAAGGGUGGAGAUCCUUACCAGUUUGGGGGCCACUGGGCCUGAAACGGAAGCUCCUUCCUCCCAAUUACAGAUGGGCCUGUGCAGGAAAAGCAUGUUUGAGAAUCUAUCAAUCUGAUUGUUUUUACACCUUCAAGUUGCUAGAGAUUCAGUUUGUGAGAUAUCUGUGCAGCCAACUGCAGUUGAAGAGAUUGUAUCAGAAGGAAAAGACUCUAUUGAAAUCCAGUUACCUUCCAACACAGGUGAAAUUGCAGCAAAAAAGGAAGAGCAAACUUUGAAUGAUCUUGUGAAUCUUUUGCAAGAUGUAGUAAAAAACAUCCCCACAGAACUUGUAUUGUCAACUGAAAAACCCCCAACUCUUUUGGCACCUGACAUAGUAACUUCUCCAUCUGUAGCAGUGGACACUGUUUGGGUGAAUGUGAGCCCCCAGAGUAGUGAGAAGCCCAGAACAAUUGCCUUGAUGAAAAAGGAUGCUCCAACUACAACAGCCUUUUGGAAACUCAGAAAUGACCCAACAGCAUCUGUUAUCCUGCAUUCCAACACAAAUCCCUCAGAAAAUCUCCCAAGUGAGACCAGUGAGUCUGUUGUCCUGAUUUCUGAAGAGGCAAGUCCAGGAAACACAUUGGGCACCAUUUCAAUCCAGGUGGAAAAAGAAGCAACUACUAAGGGAGAAGGUAAGAGUUUUGAUCAGUUAACAAAUGGAGCCUUGGCUAGUCUAGUGGAAUCUCUAAAGAAUGUACAAAAAUUACAUAUGACGCUAGACAAUAAUGAACCACAGCAGAAAAGCCAUCCAGUGAAGUUGGCUCAUCAUAAGCCUAGAGGUUUAGACAUCUUAGAAGCAAUUGAUACACUAAUUAAAUCCAUUAAGAAUGCACCAUCCUCUGUUAAAGAAGAUCCAGCUCUCCGUGAGUAUGUUGAGGAAGCAGAGGGUUACUUAAAAAAUGCUCUGGAAUUAGCAGGGGAGGCAGAGAGGAAACUGUUGCAGAAGAAGGAACAGCAGAUGAAACUUGACAUUGAGCUUCUUAAUCCCCCAUCAACAGCUCCACCUAUAACGGAAAUGAAGUUGGACAUAGAAGUGCCUUCCUCCCUCUCAUCAGAAGCAUCUGAGGCAGAAAUAAAGCUGGAUGUAGAGAUCACGCCUUCCCCAUCAACAGUUCCACCUGCCACACAGGUGGGGAUAGACAGAUCCCCUUCCCCAUCAACAGCUCCAUCUGUAACAGAAGUGGACAUCAUUUUGCCUGCAUCUGAGUCUCUGGAAAAGAAAGCAGAAGACACGGAAAAAGAAAUGGGGAAAUUAAAAGCAUUUAUUAAUUUAUUAUAUGGCUUUAGUCCUGAAUUAACUGAAUAUAUAGAAAAUUCACCACAUAAAAAGAUGGCUCAAGAUAUUGUUGAAAGAUCAAUGGAAGUCCUUGAUGCCAUAAAGAGUGUUUUUUGUGAAAAUCCUAAAAAGCAAAGUAAACAGAUUUUGAAGCAGUUGUUACAGAAAGACAUGGAGCUUGUAAGACAAGCCAUGAAGGAAAAAAGAGCCUCUUAAGUUACACUUUAAUCCUUGGUAUUGUAGGUUUGUAUGAACAAUCAAGAGGUCUGUUUUCUUAAUUGUAACAGCAAUUAAAAUACAUCUGUAGCCCUUUUCAUGCCUGAAAUUAAAUGUUUAUUUUUAAAUA